AAACCUGCUGGUUCUUGUCAAGAAUAAGAAGGCGGAAUAAUUUAAUUCCAAGAAUUUGAUUACUGUUUAUUUAAUGAUAUUUUACCUCAUUAUCUAUUUAUCUGCUGUAGAAGAAGGAAUAAAUAAAUUUCUGUUUUAUUUUGGGCAAAUGUAAUUUGUAUAAAUGAAUUUUGUGAAUAGAUAAUUGAAAAAGAAAUCAGAACUUUUAAAUAAUUCAACCUGACGUCACACAAAGUGGGGGAAGUUGUAAUUGGAAACCAACCAUUGGGCGAAUGUCAACAAUAGCAACUGUCAGAAGUGUCAAAUCAAUUCAAGAGUACAAUUCAGUAAUGUUUGAAAUAAUAAGUUUGUAUUUAUGAUAAAAAAUAAUAAUUAAAAGCAAUGUCUCAAGAUACAGUUCCCUCCUUAAGCCAAUACUUCGGUGCAUCUGCAAACAAAGAGGACCAAAUUGAUUUUACCCAAGAACUCCUUGACACCACAGGGCAAAUUAGCAAUUUAAAUAUAGAGGACAAUCAGAAAACUACUAAUAAAAAUGAACCAGAAGUAUGUAGAAUAUUUUCAGAAACUCCCAUGCAGUCAAAAGAUCCCACAGAAGCAUUUUUUGAUUUGAUUGGUAAUACCAGUCAAAUGACUGGAGCAAAUAAAGUUAUUUCAGAUUUGGGUCUACCUACAAGUAAUGAGGAAACCUAUAGUAGUUCAAGACUUAUGGUAGGAACUGAAACGGAUAGACGCAGAGAUGCUUGGAUUCCAUGUGAUAAGACCAGGCAGUGUUUAAUAGCUGCUGCAACAGCUACUCCUGGUACAUACUUUCCACAAAGAGAAUUGUUGACUAUGCCAGGAGUACUUCUAGAAGAAGAAUUGGGAGAUGCUGUAGGGGAAGCUGUUUCCAUGUGCCUUGGAGAAGCAGAAGCUGCUCAGAGAAGAGUAUUAGGUGCUGGUGAUGUAACACAAGAUGAAAGGGGCCUUAGGGAGCUGGUACAAGCUGGAGCUUAUAGAGCAGCAAUUAACUUGACUGCCAGACUUCUGACAAUUUAUGGUCAAGGUAGAGGAAGGUCCGGCCAUCCCAGCAAACAUUCUCCACAUUCCUUACAACUUUGGUUUACAAGAGUAGCAUUGUUGAUAAAAACAAAGCUGUUUAACAUUGCCAGUGCAGAAGCUGAGCCUUUUGGUAAUCUAGAUAAGCCAGAUAUGUAUUUUCAGUUUUAUCCAGAUAUGUAUGGUGGACGACCGGGAUCAAUGGCAUCAUUUUCAUUCCGUCUAUUACUCGCCGAACUCCCUACGCAUUGUGGAAAACCUAAAGAGUCCAUAACGAGACUGUUCAACCUGCUCGCAACGAUUCGACAAAUUCUCUCCAACCUCAAACGCGGACAAUGUGAAGAUGGAAAUCCCAUGGAGUUAUCUGAAACGGAUAGGAGUGAUUCUUUACGACUUUGGAUGGGCAGAGAAGUCAGAGUUAUGCAUUCCAUAAUCAAUUCGGCUCUCGCUGUCCGGGAUUACGAGUUAGCCAUGGAUUUAUUGGGACAACUAUGUGAAAGAGAUGGCGCUCCAAGGCAUGCUCUUCUAUCCGCAUUGGGCCGACUACAUUUGCAAAUGGGUAACGUUUCUGGUGCAGAAGUUUGUUUUAAAGAAGCAACAGAAACGAGGAAAGGCCCUUCUGGAGUAAGGGAAUUGGUCGACAAAGGUCUGCUGUCCAUUGCACAGAGUGCGUUUGAUGAGGCGUACGUCUACUUUCAGGAAGCUAGUCAUUUGGAACCGUCUAAUAUAAUGAUUUUAAACAAUAUGGGUGUGUGCCUACUGUACGGUGGACAUUUGAAAGAAGCUAUUCAAGUGCUGGAAUCAGCGCUCUCAUCGAAUCCUGUUCAUGCCUUAAACGAGUCCUUGCUCUUAAAUUUGUGUACCUUAUACGAUAUGGAAUCCACCAAAGGAAGGAUGAAAAAAUUUGCCCUCUUACGGCAAAUCUCGAGGUACCAAGCUGACGCUCCGACCAUGAUUUUAGAAAAAUUGUAUGGUUGAUGUUAAAUCGCUAACACUAGUCGGUGUCUUUUCUGUGAUUGUUUUAAAGUAAUGGCAUACGCGCAAUAUUAUAUAGAAUGCAUUUACAAUGUGUGAUUGCACUUUAUUUACGUUGAUGUUGUGUAUCAGAUUUUUCCUGCUAAAUCCGUUUUACGUCAUCAUUUAGCUCGUUAAGGGGGCUACAGACUAUGCUUGUAUUUGCGAUUCGUCGAUGCGUGAUUCGUCCAGUUUAUUGUAGUUCGUAGUAAUUCGCAAAUAGAGCAUACAGACUAUGCGUUUGUUCACGAUUCGUAUGCGCGAUGCCUGAUUUAUCCAAGUUCGUCGCAGUUUCAGCACGAGCAUCCUAUAUUGGGACCGUGCAAGUUCGGAAGAGCAACACCUAGUGUCAUAGCUCAGCAACAUUUGUAGCACUUUUAAUUAUAUUGGCCAAUUAUAUUAGUCCUAAUUACUGGAUAAUUGUCAAGGUCAUAGUCCAAAAAAGAAUAAGAAGAAAAAGUAAGAUUGAGGUUAUGUUAUUUAAAGGUAAACAUUGUGUGUAGUAAAUAAACUUAAUUAUUAAAAUGCAGUAUUACAAGUAAAAUACAAUUAAUUAAAUUCACUUUAAUAAUUGCAUAUCAUAUCAAUAUUGUGGAGCAACAUUAAUGCUCGAUUUCAUAAUGACAACCUAAAGUACAGUUUAACUAGGAUUCAUUUUAGACUAAAGUGCAUAAAGUACAUAAAGUUAUUUACUUCUGCUCUUUGUAUUAAUUUGUGCUUAGAAGUGGGAAACGAAUAGAACUUAAAUUGACAAUUUUUUGUUUACAAAAUACAAAAUUUUGUUUACAAUUUAUAACAAAGCAUUUGCGAAAUCCCAAUCUUCACUGACAGUAGGUAUGAAAUAUGUCAAUAUGACAAUUUCAAUUGCCAAUAUGAAUUAUUUAAGAAAGUUACAAGAUUUCUCCGCUAAUCGCACACGAUCGUUUCUCGUAUCUCCUCCAAGUACUUGUACACAGCGAAUACAAUUAUUUAUAAAUUUUAUGUACAUAUUUCUGUUCUGAAAAUAUGGAGAAUAACGAUGAUGUGGUUAUUUUUAUAAUCACAAUAAUUAACAUAGCCUAUAUACACCCUCGAACAAACUAGUGCGCUCAGCGAAUGGACGAAUUAAUUAUGAACAUAGUCGGAACUUCGGCCAAUCAGCGGUUCCUGUUGAUGCGCAGCCUUUGGUUUUCGGGAAUUUACCGCUCACACGAAUCAUGUUGUUUACGAAUCGAUUUUUAACGAACAAGACCCUACACACUAUUUGUAAACUGCCCGUGAAUCACGAAACGUGAAUGCAUGCAUAGUCUGCAACCACCUUUACAAUUGGACUCUCAAGCUUUGCUUAAUUCUGGAAAUGGUGAACAGGUAUUAUGGCAAUGCAAAAUAAUUUCAGUAAUGCAGAACAAACUUCUUGUUCAAAUUAUAAUAACUAUAAACACAUAAAAAAUGUUUAAGAAACACAAAGUUUUUUCUAUAUAAACAUUAGUUUUGCUUGGAUUUUAAAAAGUGGCAUACCGUUAUAAUACCUGAUUAGUCAACAAUGAAUUCAUCUUACUUUCAGUGUAAUAUGAUUUCGCUAUGAUGAAAUAAUCAAAUAAAAGUUAAGAACUGCACUAAUUUAAUGAAAUUUUUUUGUAAGUCAACGUAAAACAAAAAUCUAACAACAAAUGUGUUUAAUAAUCUGAGUUUUCUUCCAGCAGCAUUAAAUACACCUUGGCACUACUUGGCAUCAGAGCUGGGCCGGGUACAGAUAAAUUGUACUCGGGUACAGAGUACCGGGUACUUUUCAUAUUUGAGGAACGAGUACAGAGUACCGAGUAUAUUGCUCAAAAAAAGUACUCAGAGUACAAUACUCAAAGUACAAUUACCCGAAUUUGUCGGGUACUUAUUUCGAGUACAUUUGAAUAUAGAACCUGAAAAAAGGUAAGAAGGUAAUAAUUAUCUCUGCCUCUCUAAACAUAUUUAUUUAUGAGUCAUGAAAACAUAAAAUAACAUACAACUCCAACUUAAAUAAAAAAAUAAGAAUUUUAAAAAUUGAUCAUUGAUUAAUACAAUAAAACCUGUCAGUAACGGCCACUAAAAAUGAAGGAACUAUUGGUCGAUAUAGAAAGGUGGCCGGUAUUUCCAGUUUUUGUAGUCCAGAAAUACAUAAAAGAUAAUUGGAACUUUGUUUAUUUUGUUAAUAAAAGCAAAUAUAAUUCUAUACAUAAACGAAAACUACUUUAAUAUCCUAAUAUAAAACAAAACUAUAUUACGGAAAAAACAUAUUGAUGUUAAGCUUUUUUAAAGAAUUUUUCAACCCACUUUUAUUUUUUUAUGUCCUUAUAAUAAUUAUUAUAUUAAUAAUUUGAGUUUUUACACCAUAUUUUUCGGCCAACUUUUGUGAAUUGUAAUCAUACUUAUAAAUAGUGACAAACGUUUCUCUUUUACAACAGUUUUACGACAUUUUAUUAUAGGAUUUUAAGAACCUAUUGUGACCACCGACCCGAUUAAGGUUAUUUAAUCUCCUGUUUAGGUAGUUACAAUAGGUUCUAAUAAAUAGUACUGAGAAUUUCCAUCAACAAAUAGAUAAAAUUAUUUUAACAAAAUUAUUUUGGCUAACAUUCACAUUCAAUUUGGCCGUAAAUAGCAGGUCAUAAAUAGGCGAAUAUACAUAUAAUUGGUUUGCGGAAUUUUUCAAACCGGCCGUAAGUACAGGUGACCGAUUUUGGCAGGUGACCGGUAACACAGGUUUUACUGUAAUCAGUAUAACACCACUCACACUCACUGACUAAUUUUAUUGGCUUUUAAGAUAACUAAUUUUUCAAAGUUUCAUCAGUUCUUCAGAGCAUUUCUUGAAGGGUUAUUAAUUAUGACAUAAGAGAAUAGGCAUUUGCUUGACUUUGCGAAUGGACUGAUACUGAAAACGGCGUUUUGCGUGUUGCUAUUAAUUUGCUGUCCCACAUGCAGCGGCAAGUUUAGACUUGCAAAAAGUACUCGGAAAAUGUACUCGUAUAAUAAACGCGGGUACCGGGUAUUUUACCCAUACGCUACGGGUACGAGUACAGAGUACUUUAUUGAAAAUGUACUCGGGUACUGGGUACUGAGUACCCAAAAUGUACUUACAGUACAAAAUUCGGGUACUUGUACACAAAUCCAUAAAGUCCACAUUACGCAUUAUUACUUGUACCACGGUAUUGCCCAGCUCUGCUUGGCAUACUCAAAAUUAAAUGAUCAAUUUCGUUUUGAGGUAAUGGGAAUCCAUUUCUAGGCAAGACGGUCUUAAAGACUUUGUCUAAUAUGAAUUUUGUGCAAUCUGAAGCAUAUCUCGUACAUGCUCGAUGGGAUUAAGAUCUGGAGAUUUUGUUAGCCACGGCAAAAGCGAAACCCUCAUUAUGAAACCAAUGAUGAACAAUUAUUCCAGCCUACAUAAUAACUUGUAGAUCACUAUGUGGACGAACACCCUGUGCAUUCCUGAGUCUCUCUUGUCGGCCAGCUGCUCUCACACUUCAUGUUGUGCCCACCUUAAUCUGAGUCCACGAUUUCCAUGACGUCUGACGUCCAGGUCAGCUGCAUGUUAUCUAUUCCUUACAGUUUGGUUACAAAAAUGAAAUGUUGUGGGUAUGUUUUAAGGCUUCGCAGAGUUCAGGUGCAGUUAUAUGCACAUUUAGACCAUUAAUCCUACCACAUACCUCACACCGAUCCUGUGGAGAAAUAGUUGCACAUUGACAAUCUCCGUGUGUUUUUAUUGAAAAAAGUGGAAUAAUAGUGGUGUUUCUUAAGCAUUUUUGAUGUGUGUGUUUUAAUUUCACUUCUUAAAAUAUACAUUAAUAAAAAUAAUUGUAUAAAUUCAAAACGUCAGAAAAUUCAUAUUUGAUUAUUGACUAGAAUUUUUCACAAAAUGCGUCAGACAGGUGUUUUAUGAAAGACAAUUUUACAAUUGAAAUAUAAACGUGAAAAUAAGACAAGUUACAAGUUAGUACCAACUUAAUCGAUGGUAUUUUAGUAAACUUGUUAAAUUGUUUUACCUAUUUUGACAUAUUAUUUAUAAACGUAAAGCAAAUUAUCGUUUUUUUAUUGUUAAAAAAAUUGUUUUGAAUUCAUGGUUUUGGCUAUAUAGUUUGUUAUUGAUCACGUUAGACGGAGUUAGUAGGAAAAAAGAAGCAAAUUGUAUAGCCCAAUGGCUGGUGUGACUUUUAAAGUUAAUAUACUAAGAAAUAUUUAUAACGUUUAUUAAUAUUAAUAAAAAAUAUUAUAGUUGAGAUAUAAA